GAGGCAAAAGGAGGAGGAAGAGGAGAACAAAUUUCUGCUUAUAAUCAUGGAUUAUGUCUCAUCAAUGUUCUCAUUUGACCAGAACACUGAUGACCUGUUUGAAACCUUUUCUUUUCCCAACUUCCAACCAGAUGAACUCCUCCAGGUCCUGUCUGAGGAUACUGAUUUGCUGAUCAACAAAACUAACAAUUGGGGUGGCAGCGGUGGCAGGCGGCGUAAAGCUCCGGAAACUGCUUCCGGUACCAACAAGGAUGAAAACCCUGGUGACAAUAAAAAGAAGAAGAUCAUUCACAGAGACCUCGAGAGACAAAGAAGACAGGAAAUGACCACUCUGUAUGGGACUCUAAGAUCGUUGCUUCCUCCUGAGUAUCUCAAGGGGAAACGAUCGAUGUCUGACCAUAUGAAUCAGGCCGUGAAAUAUAUUAAGGAUAUGCAGAACAGGAUUGGGGAGUUCAGUGAAAAGAGGGAUGAGCUUAAAAGAUUGUCCAAUUCUUGCAGUUCAACUAGUUUUGCUCCUCCAAAAUGUUUACGAGGUUGUCCUGAGGACACAGUGAUUGUUAGACCUUGUAUGGGGGCAUCGGUGGAGGUUGUCAUAAGCACCGCCAUGAGACAAGGCCUUCCUCUUUCCAGUGUGCUUCAGGCUCUAAUUGCAGAAGGACUAAGUAUUUUUAACUGCAUUUCAACUAAAGUAGAUCAAAUGUUGCUGCAUACUAUUGUGUCUGAGGCGAGUGAUGGAAGAGUCAUUGAUCCAUCUGAGCUGCAACAGAAAUUGGAAGACUUAACUCUUCACUCCCCGAGAGUAGAUUUCGAUUUUGAUGUGGCAAAUGGCAGUUGAUUAUUAAUAUGCCUGUGGAAGUUUUUUGUGUCUUAGAAAAAAAAAAUUCACAUGGUGAUGAUCACGUUAAGUGUUGCUUCUGUCAUCUAAUUAAUAUUGGUUCUGGAAAUGGUUGAUAACCCCACAACCUUCUUUCUCUGUAUUAACUUGUAUAUAGGUAGAUGGUGUUGAAUAAAUGUUGGAUUUGGGC